CUUCCCUGCCAAAGUAAGUUUGUUUCACCCACCAAGGAAGAGAAUGUUUGACGGUGUUUACUUUCCUUCUUGGCCACAGCUGGAUUGUGAAUAUUGAUCCAGGAGACUAUUAAUUUCAGGAACUGAUUGCAAAGACCCUGGCUCUGCCACUCACAGCCAUGUAACCUUGGAUAUGGAAGAGAGCAGCAGCAUUGCCAUGUUGGUGCCAGAGAUCGGAGAGCAGGAGGCGGUGCUUACUGCGGAAGGAGAGGUUGACGAGCAAAGGAAAACCAAAGCGGACCCGUUAGUCCACGUCAUCCAGAAGCUAAGCAAGAUAGUGGGGCAUGAAAAGUCACAAAAAUGCCUUCUCAUUGGGAAAAAGCGCCCACGUCCAGGCGCGACAGCACCCUCUCUUGGAACCCUAGAGGACUGUGAGGUCCCAGCUAAGGCAGCCGAGCCUCCUGCUACUGAGGUUAAGAAAGCUGGGGUGUCACCAGAAAAUUCCACUGUAGCCUCCCUGGCCUCAGCUGAUGGGAAGGCGGUGUCCUACCAGUGCAGCCUGUGCCGGUUCCUGUCCCCCUCCUUCUCCGUGCUGAAGGAGCACAUGCGGCUGCAUGGGCAGCGGAGCGACGUGGUGCUCAUGUGCUCUGAGUGCCACGCCACCUCCCGAAGCCAGGAGGAGCUCGAGGCCCACGUGGCAAGUGAGCACGAGAACAGCGCCAGCAGCCACGCCCAGCCCAGCAGCUCCUGGCCGGGAGCCAGAGGAAGAAAGCGGGAGACUGUGCUGGACAUCCCGGUGGGCAGUGCGCAGGCCCAUGCUGUGCAGACUGCAGCCGUGGCGGAGACAGGCAGGAGGAAGUGGUACGCAUAUGAGCAGUACGGCAUGUACCGCUGCCUGUUCUGCAGCUACACCUGCGGCCAGCAGCGCAUGCUCAAGACACACGCUUGGAAACACGCCGGGGAGGUUAACUGCUCCUACCCGAUCUUUGAGAAUGAGAAGGAGCCCCUCGGCCUCCUGGCCUCUUCUGUGUCUGCUGUACCUGGUGGGGUCGAUGCAGUUGUCAUUGCUAUUGGGGACAGUGAACUGAGCAUCCACAACGGGCCCUCUGUGCAAGUACAGAUUUGCAGCUCUGAGCCACCGUCAUCUUUAUCUUCUUUAGAACCGAACACGGGGGAGGGGGUGCGCCUGAGCCAGCCAGUCACCCUGGACCCUAAUGAUGAGGAGAUGCUGGAGGUGAUGUCUGAUUCUGAGGAGAAUCUGUUUGCUGAUAGUUUGCUCUCAUCAGCCCAGAAAAUCAUUAGCAGCAGCCCAAACAAAAAAGGUCAUGUGAAUGUCAUUGUGGAACGUUUGCCUAGUGCCGAGGAAACCCUCCCUCCAAAACAUUUCCUCGUGAAUGCUGAAAUGGACGAGGGGAAGAGCCUGAGCGCGACCGAAGCCCAGGCUGAGUGUGGAGGAGCAGGGGAGAUGUACCACGCUGAUAAAUGUGCUGUGGAUAUUGGGGGGCUGAUCAUCGGCUGGAGCAGCGCAGAGAAGGAAGACAGUGAGCUAAGUAAGGGCCUGGCUACUGAUGAGAAUGCGCCACCAGGACGAAGGAGGACAAACUCUGAGUCUCUCAGGCUACACUCCUUAGCAGCAGAAGCCCUUGUCACCAUGCCAAUAAGAGCUGCUGAACUAACGAGAGCCAGCCUUGGCCACUAUGGGGACAUAAACCUUUUAGAUCCAGACACUGGACAAAGGCAGGUCAGUGGCCCAUUGGCAGCAUACUCAAAAAAGAUCAUGUCUCCUCUUAAGAACUCUGCAGAUGGAGUGACGAGUUUAAACCAAAGCAGUUCCACUGUGGUAGCGCUCCCGCAGGGAAGGCAGGAAGUGUCAGAUGGUCAAGUUAAGACAGGCAUCAGUAUGUCCCUUCUUACCGUAAUAGAAAAACUGAGGGAAAGGACAGACCAAAAUGCGACAGAUGAUGACAUUUUGAAAGAGUUGCAGGACAAUGCCCAGUGUCAGCCCAGCAGUGAUGGGAGUUUGUUGGGGUCCAAUGUGGUGGAGUACAUCCCAGAUGCCGAGCGGCCCUACCGAUGCCGCCUGUGCCACUACUCAAGUGGGAACAGGGGCUACAUCAAGCAGCACCUGCGUGUCCAUCGGCAGAGGCAGCCUUACCAAUGCCCUAUCUGUGAGCACAUAGCCGAGAACAGCAAAGACCUGGAAAGCCACAUGAUCAACCACUGUAAAACCAGAAUACACCAGUGUAAGCAGUGCAAAGAGUCUUUCCAUUACAAGAGCCAACUGAGGAAUCAUGAGAGAGAGCAGCACUGCCUGCCCAACACCUUGUCAGUAGCUUCGAAUGAGCCAAGAAUUUCCCGUGAUGCCGCUGAUGGAAAGUGUGUUCAGGAAGGGAACAAGUCGUCAACUCAGAAGCAGUACAGGUGUGAUGCGUGCGAUUACACAAGUACAACGUAUGUGGCCGUCAGAAACCACAGGCGAGUCCACAACUCAGAUAAGCCAUACAGGUGCUCCCUGUGUGGGUAUGUGUGCGGCCACCCUCCUUCCCUGAAGUCACACAUGUGGAAGCAUGCGAGUGACCAGAACUACAACUACGAGCAGGUUAACAAGGCCAUCAACGACGCGAUCUCACAAAGCAGCAGAGCUGUGGGGAAGUCCCCUGGGAGAACAAUCUUACCCAGCAGCGAGGAGAGAGCUGACCCCGCCACAGGCAGUCCAGAAACCUUGGUGUCGCCCGCAGAGCUGCCUUCUCAGCCACCUGGUGACGUUGUAGAUGCCAGCGAGCUUGAGAAACUGUGCCCCACAGGCGCCAGCUCUGACGUCUCAGGCAGGAGCUGCGGCCUGGCCACACCGGGCACCGAGUACUGCGUGCUGCUCUUCUGCUGCUGCAUCUGUGGCUUCGAGUCAACCAGCAAGGAGAGCCUCCUGGAUCACAUGAAGGAGCAUGAGGGGGAGAUCGUCAGCAUCAUCCUCAACAAGGACCACAGCACGGCCCUGAGCGCCAACUAGCUGCUGGGAGUCAGCCUCCGUAGACGCAGGGAGCAUGGUGUGCUGAGUGAGGGUACAGAGCUGGGAGCCUCUGUCGUCCCUUCUUGGUGUCGAGUGUUUAUUAUUAAAAGCUUUCCAUAGUUCAGAAUCUGCACGUGGAUGAGUCGAGAAGGCUCCACAGAGCACAGUGGCCAGCGCUGAGGUGGGGAAAGCAGCAAACGGGGAGGGUAGUUCCCGCUGUUGCCAGUG